GAUAUACGUUGGCCCCCAGUUGGUUAGACAUCAUUAGAAGUCACACCUCUAUUCCGUCCUGGAGGCCUCAACCAUACCUGGUUUAGACGAUCGUUCAAUGCUUCAACAAAAAUAGAGUUGUACUAGUUCGAAGUGAUGGGUGACAACGGCACAGAACCAGGCCUGAAACCGUUUGGUGAAGGGUUUGACGGGUUUCCUCGCCAGACGGUCAACGACACAGUGGAAUAUACCAUUUCCGUGUUGAAUGCGAACCUUACAGGGAGCCAAGUGAGGACUCGGUUGGCGGAAGUGAAAACUGCUGCUGCCGAACUGGAGAAAAGAUAUCUUCGGGAAUACAUAUGGCACAAAGACAAGUUUGAAUUGGCUUUAAGCAGAGAGCUCGACAGAUGGAUACUCGGUGGCAGCACGAACAUCGGUGACUCGGUCGCAGACGAAUGGCUCAUAGUAUGGAUCCUCCGAGAAUUGAGUCUCAAAUUCGAUGAUGUCUGGAUCCGCGUUCACGAUCCUGACGGCGAAUUUCUUGCCAUCGAGGCUGCAGAUAAGGUCCCAAAAUGGCUCACGCCAGAAAACGACGCCAAUCGAGUCUGGAUAAACAAUGGCAUGGUUCGCAUCAUAUCAAUAUCUCCACAGCUCCCCCCAGAACUACCACUUUCCGUUGCCCUCAAAUACCUUUCGUCCGGACCGACCCCACCGCUCCAUUCGACCUCUACACUCAGCAAUUCAGCCUUUUCAAGGAUCGCAGGGCAUCCAAAAACUAUCCAUACCAACCUACACCGGUCAAUUGUGACCGUGCCGCGAAAACUAGCAUUCUUGCUACUUCAACGACCGAGGAUAGUGUCGGCCGCAGUUGAAGCAUUCCAUCUCCGCGAUCCGAGCUCCAUGCGUUUCCUGAGGCGGGAGCCGGGGAAAAAUCUUCAACUUCCUCCUACUGAUCUCGUAAACAUCAGUGUUCUCUUUUCCCGCGUUGGGUAUGCGCAGAUCCGGACACAGGAGUUCGCACCCCCUGCCUCAUGGUUCGACGUCCAUGGUGCCGUGAAUGGCGAAUCCCAAUCUGAGGAGAAUACAUUGAGACAGCGGCGGUUGGACGUCGGAAUGAAACUAACCAGUGGCUUUGAGAUGCUCUUGGGCAAUCCCAAGUCGAACGCCCGUAAGGAUGUCCUUGAGCUGGAGAUCUUGUUGGACGAUCUGGAAGCAGGCGAAGCAGAAAUGCCCUCCGAUGAUGCCUUGAUCGAAAAUAUGCAGCGAGGCGAAGAUUCGGAAGGAUGGAUGGAUGUUGAUUGGAAUGACUUCAAUCAUGCACUUGAUGGUGGCUCGGGCGAUGCAGGCGCAGGCAAGGUUUCUGAAGUAGAGACUUCUAAAGAAACUUCCCGGAGCAACACGGAGAAGGCGAAAUCAAGCGCGGUUGAAAAGUCUACCGCCCCAGAUGCGUUGCAAAACCUCCUAUCUCGAACACGAGCUUUCAUGCAGGACGAGGAGGCAGGUUUAGAAGGGGUCGACGAUAUGGACGAGAUGGACAUCGAUAAUGACCCGGAUGACGCAUGGUCCGAUGUCUCAUCUUCGGGCAACAGCUCCGACCAGGUCGAUGAAGAAGCUUUCAACAAGACCUUGCGUGAAAUAGCAUCUAAGCCCGCCCAUCAUCACGCGGCCGCAGGAACAGGCCGAGCAGCAUUAGGGCCAGAUCCGCCUCCGGGCUCAAACAACUGGGGCGUCAAGACGGUUGUCCCUUCGGAGUGGGCUCGAGUGAAAAGGGAGCUACUAUGGCACGAACGGGAAGAAUCACGAGAAAGGCAAAGGGAAGCACUCCAUGUCACUUUUACGGCCGUAGACCUCGGUGGCCCUGCCUUGUUCGAGAUGACGAAAAGCAAGGUCAAGACUGAUUCCAAGCCUAAGUCAAACGAGCAAAAGGAUCCAUGGGAGCAGCAAAGUGCUCCAAGUGACGGAGAGGAUAAUUCGUACGACGAGCUGGCACAGAUGGAGCAAGAAUUACGAGACGCUGGCGCUUUGAACAUCGAUGCUCCACCAACGGCGCGGUCAUAUGGAUCGACAGGCAAGGGCAAGGCGCGAGUGGCUGACAAUUUGGAUGGCAAUGAGGCAGAUGGUCAAGAUUCCGAGGAAUAUCGCGUCCUAGCCAACCUACUAGAGUCCCUUUCUGCAGAGGGAGGGGCGCCUGGCCCGUCUCGAAACCUGAUGAAGAUGUUGGGCGUUGAUGUUCCCCAGGACGAGGACGAAGAUGAUGUGGAUUGAAGAACUACUUGUUAUAGAAGCUCAGUUGUUCAAUACUACGGAUUGCACACAAGCGAGGCUUUGAACGCCUUUCAAUGUCCGGAUCAUAUCCCAUCUUGCAAAGCUCUUCUUUUGAGUCGCUC